ACUGAAUUUGUAGUCAUUACAAAUUCGCCCAUAAUCCAUACACCAACCACGGUCCACGACGGACAACUUACUUAACUCGCAUUGGAAUCUUUGACACGAAUUCAUUCUCUUAUCUCCUUAUCAAUAAGUAUUAAAUAAUAAUAAAAAUAUUUAAUACUAUUUUGUAACUUGUAAUUUUAAAUGCUUUAAAGAUAUAAUAUUCAGAAUAUUCAGACAACAAAAUAUAACAUACCACUUUAUUACUUUAAUAUCUAUCUUUAUCUACCUAUUAUUAAUCAACUGUUCUUUACGUCAUGAGUCAGAAAUGUCUUGGUGGUUCUCAACAAUAAAAUAAAUAUGUUUCUCCACAAGUAUGGAAAAUUUACCAUUAACAAGCAAUAUUCGAAAAAAUGAUCUCCCUAAUAAGCCUUCUACUUCCUAUCAGGCUGUUAAACAGGUAAAAAAAUUAACUGAAAGAAAUGUGGGAAUAAGUUCGGAUGAUGAUAUGAUAGACAUUACAACUUCAGGAACAAUGACUGAACGUACUUUAAAUCAGAGAUCUCCAAUAAAUGUAGCAGAUAUUGACGUCAUUUUUGCGGGAACAAUAAAUCUUGGAUCUGGUGAAACUGAGGAUAUUCCUGGAAUUGGUCAGUAUGAAGAUUUUCAUACUAUUGAUUGGCAACGGGACAUUGCAAGGGAUCGGAUGCGACAUAGAUAUAUACUAAAACGCAAACAAAAUUCAUUUAUUGAUCUAAUAAAAUCAGCUCAUGAUGCAUGGUCAGGCUGGCUUUGUGUACUAUUGGUGGGACUUGUGACUGGAACUGUUGCAGCAAUAAUUGAUAUUGGAACAUCAUGGAUGUCAGAUCUAAAAUUUGGUAUUUGUCCUCAAGCAUUUUGGUUGAACAUGGAACAAUGUUGUUGGUCGUCAAAUGAAACUUCAUUCGAACUAGAUAAAGGAAACUGUUCACAAUGGUUUUAUUGGUCCGAAUUAAUGACUUCUUCCAACUAUGGACCUUUUGCCUACAUUGUAUCAUAUUUUUUUUACAUUUCUUGGGCAUUACUAUUUGCAGCUCUUGCUGCUGGUUUAGUUAGGAUGUUUGCUCCCUAUGCUUGUGGAUCUGGUGUCCCAGAGAUAAAAACAAUUUUAAGUGGUUUUAUAAUUAGAGGUUACUUAGGAAAGUGGACACUACUAAUAAAAUCUGUUGGAAUAAUGAUGUGUGUUUCGGCUGGACUCAGCUUGGGUAAAGAAGGACCUAUGGUACAUAUAGCUUCAUGUAUUGGCAAUAUUUUAUCAUAUUUAUUUCCUAAGUAUGGCCGUAAUGAAGCCAAAAAGAGAGAAAUAUUGUCAGCAGCAGCAGCUGCAGGGGUUUCUGUUGCUUUUGGAGCUCCAAUUGGCGGAGUCCUUUUUAGUUUAGAAGAGGUUAGCUAUUAUUUUCCUUUGAAAACUUUAUGGCGUUCAUUCUUUUGUGCUCUUGUUGCUGCAUUUGUGCUUAGUUCAAUCAAUCCAUUUGGUAACGAGCAUUCUGUUAUGUUCUAUGUAGAAUAUCACAGACCCUGGAUGUUUUUUGAACUUAUACCAUUUAUUGGAUUGGGAAUUAUUGGAGGUGUGAUUGCAACAGUUUUUAUCAAAUGCAAUAUUAAAUGGUGUCGUUUUCGUAAAACAUCCAUUCUUGGACAAUAUCCCGUCAUGGAAGUAUUAUUACUCACGGCUGUAACUGCAAUACUCUCAUAUCCCAACCCAUAUACACGCAUGGGAACUAGUCAAUUAAUUUAUCUUCUUUUCAGCCAAUGUGAUGUAUCUAGUAAUGAUGGUUUGUGUGAUUAUACAAAUGACAAAGCUAAUGUAGCUGGACCCGGUGUAUACACAGCCAUGUUGCUUCUAUCAAUGGCAUUUGUUUUGAAAUUAGUCACUACAAUUUUUACAUUUGGCAUCAAAGUACCUUGUGGUCUAUUUAUUCCGAGUUUGGCUAUGGGUGGUAUAACUGGCCGUAUUGUUGGUAUUUUGAUGCAACAAUUGGCUGCUAAACAUCCACAUUUAUGGUUUUUUGACAAUAGUUGUGGAUUACCUGGUCAAGAAGGCUGUAUUACUCCUGGCUUAUAUGCCAUGGUAGGUGCUGCUGCUGUUUUAGGAGGAGUAACCCGAAUGACUGUGUCAUUGGUGGUCAUAAUGUUUGAAUUGACUGGUGGUGUAAGAUACAUAGUUCCAUUGAUGGCAGCUGUUAUGGCUAGCAAAUGGGUUGGUGAUGCACUGGGCAAAGAAGGCAUGUAUGAUGCUCAUAUUCAAUUAAAUGGUUAUCCGUUUUUGGACAGUAAAGAAGAUAUUGUUCACACUGCUUUGGCGGCUGAUGUUAUGCAGCCUCGUCGAGCUGAGAAUUUAAACGUUCUUACUCAGUCUUCAAUGUCAUUAGAAGAUACUGAAAUAUUAUUAAAAGAAACUGAACAUAACGGAUUUCCAGUUGUGGUGUCACGAGAAUCUCAAUACCUUGUUGGAUAUGUAUUACGCAGGGAUUUACAAUUGGCAAUAGAAAAUUCAAAACGAACUAUAGAUGGACUUUUACCAGAAUCUUUAGUUCUGUUUACUGACACAACUCAACAAAUAAUGCCUCCCCCUCUAAAAUUAAAAAAAAUUUUAGACAUGGCCCCAAUUACAAUUACUGAUCAAACACCUAUGGAGACUGUUGUUGAUAUGUUCAGAAAAUUAGGACUUCGGCAAACAUUGGUUACACACAAUGGGAGGCUUUUGGGAGUAAUAACAAAGAAAGAUAUUUUACGUUACAUUAAACAGGUUGAUAAUGAAGAUCCCAGUUCUGUACUCUUCCAUUGAUCAAUUAAUUAACCAUAUGGAUUUUAUAUCCAUUAUUUAGCUCAAUUUUCAUAUUUCUAUUAAUAAAUUUUAAUAAUAUUUUUUCAAAGUUUUGUUUUAAAAACUUAAUUUAAAAAAUAUUAUAAUUGUAGUUUCCUAGAUAUUUAAAUUAAGUAAAUAUUUUAGAAAAAGUUAAAUGUGAAUAAUAGUUUAAUCAAUUAUUAUUAAAUAACUAUGUAAUCGACUAUGAUUAUUGUCAUGCAUUUUGAAUUUAUGGGUUUGCUUGUAGUUAGUAACAGUAACAAACAAAAUAUAUUGUUAAAUAUGAAAAAUAUUGUAUUUUUCGUUGUUAUUACUAUAAUUAUUGACUUAAAUUCAUUCAGAUGAAUCCUUUUAUUUGAUUUAGUCUGUUAGUAUAUAUAUAUUGUAUUGUAUACCAUUAUGUGUGUUUUUUAAGAUUAUUGUAAUUUUGUAUUAACUUUAAACAUAAACUUUAAUGUUUUAAAUUUGUGGCUCUUUGUCAAAUAAAUUACUCAUCUAUAUAUUUUUGUUAAAUUAAUAACCCUUUAAGUGCUAUAUUAAUUUGUUUUAUAAAUAGAAAAUUACUUUUUUAUUAGUUACACAUAUAAAAUAAACUUUACCAACAUUUUAUUAUAAAAUAUUUUCUAUCAUUUAAAGGCAUCAAUUUAAUUUUCCUUAUUAUUAUUGAAUAGUUUAAUGUUUAUUUUUUUGUCAAUUUCUUACUAGAAUGAAUUAAUUGGUUCAGAUAAAAUUAUUUAUUUGAAGCAAUACCCUUACUUAACAUUACCAUACUCAAUAAAGGAAAUAGUUAGUAUUAAUAUUUAUUUGUUAUUAAUUCAACUACUUUUACUAUUAAUAAUAGGUAAUAAAAAUAACAAACAAAAAUAUUAAUAUAUAUGUAAUUAUUAAUAAUAUCAUUACUGAUUAUAUACUUUUAUGCUGUUAAAAUUUUUAUUGCUUAGAAGAAAAUUAUUAUAAAAUACUGUACUGGUACAAUUGAAUGUUCAAGAAGGUGUAAACAAAAACAAAUUUAAUACAAUAUAUUCUGAGAUAAAUGAUUUAUUGUGUUAUCUCAGUGGUUCUUAACCUUUUCAGAAUGACAGAACACUGAUAAUUUUAUAAGAUUUUCAUGGAACAUAACUAUAAAAUAAAAUAAUAUCUUUUUAAAUUUUGAUGGAAUUCUUCGCUAAGUUCCAUAGAACGCUAGUUCAGAACCACUGUGUACACUAAAUAAUACAUAUAAUAUGUAAUAAAUAAUAAUAUAAAAUAAAUUAUCAUAUACAGUGACAUAUUUAGGGAGGAGCUUGGGCUCCAGGAGGUAAAUUUUGGAGAGCAUUUUGAUAAAAUACGGUACCUACUACCUAGGUCAUUUGGGUAAUAAAAUUAUUGUUUUUUUUUCUUACCUGGGGCGCAAUAUUCCUAAAUACUUCUCUAAUCAUAUAAUUAUAAUUUGUGUGAGAUUUAAGUCAAGCAAACCCUUGAAUUUGUUAUGUGUAAUUUAAUCAUAAUAUAAAUGUAUUUUUUUUUUUUUUUUUUUUUAACUAUUGUAGGUAGCUAAAUAUAAAAUUAUCUUGUUCCAUUGUACAAUAUAUUUAACCAUAAUUUUGUAAAUUCUAUUAUUUGCUAUUUGUAGAAUAUUAAUUAAAUUUCCAUUAUACUAUAUUAUAAGUCUAUGAACUGUAGAGCAGUGAUAUUCUUUUGAUACAAGAAAAAAUAUAUUUUAUUCAAAUAUAUUAAAUGAUUAAAAUGGAUAUGAUAAUGAUAAUAAUUGUAUUAAUUAAAAAUUGGUUCAUUUUUAAUGCAGUAUUUAUCAAUUUUUAUACUUUGCACAAUGUAAAGAAAAUAUCUUCUUAAAUUGUUUUUUUUUUUUUUAUCUUUCCUCAAAAACUUAAAUAAUUAAUACAAUGACACAGAUUCUAAUAAAAUUAAAAAGUAAAAACCAUCACUAUAAAAGUAGACUUUUAAUAAUUUAAACCCUCAGUAACUUGAAACUUUUAAUAUUUUGAAAUAAAAACAAUUCUUUUCGUGAAAACUGUAAACUUGAAAUUUCAUCUGUAUACCUACAUUUAUACCUAGUUAAAAUAAUCAAGUAUAUUACUAUAAUCUAUUUUAUAUGUAACGUUUCUUGAUCUUUUGAUAAAUAUGUAGGUAUUUAUUGAUGUAUCUGUAUAAUUUAUUACGGUUUUUAAUUUAAUUUUAAUGGGUAUAUAAAAACAUUAAGAAUUCCAAUUGAUAUUUCUUUAAAAACAAUUGUUUAUAAAUAUUUUAUUUUUUAACAAACUUAAACUUUUAUUAAAUAAAGAUCAUUGUCUUCAAGUUUUAGUGUACCCACUGCCCGUCACCUAGGUACCAAUCAUAUAUUAUUAUUUAUAUAUAUUUAUUUUAAUAACUGUUUGUAAGGAAUUUACUAUAUAUGUAUUUUAACAUUAUAAAACAAUAUGAAUAUCAUUGUGAAAUGUAUGCAUUACAUUAUUAUUUAUUGUAUAGUGUGUCAACAUUAUUAUCAUUAUUAAUAUAUACCUAACUGUUAUUAAGUUAUAAAAAUAAAUAUGACUUAUUAUGA